AUGACCCAGAUUGUCGCGUUGUGCGGUGUCCUCGUUCCUGGCUGGUGGUGGGUGCGGAAGAAGCAGAAGGAUGGCAAGUCGUUGUCUUCAGGCUCCGAGGAGGGUCUGCAAAAUGCCGAAGUGUAUGAUCCUGGUUUGCUCAAGAAGCACAGCGAAUACACAUCCUAUACAACGAGUCAAUUCGCAUAUCCAAGAAUUCGAGUAUUCUAUCGUCCGCAUCCUCAAAUAGCGAAAUUGCCUUCAGACCCCGCACCCCUUCCUCUUUUAGUAUUCAUACAUGGCCUCGGUGGUUCCGCCUCACAGUUCCAUCCAUUGCUCACAAGCCUGGUGAACAACUCUUCAUGUCUUGCUAUCGACUUACCCGGCUGUGGUCUUUCUGCGUUUGCACCUAAGACAUGGGGCGCCUACACAACCGAGAACCUUGCAGAGUUGCUUGAGAAUAUAAUUGAAGACUAUAGAGAUAGAGAUACUGGGCAAGGAGUUGUUCUGAUAGGACAUAGCAUGGGAUGCUCUCUUGCGGCAAUGAUUGCAUCAAACAACAUAAAACACUGCACGGAUCUGCCAGACCACAUUGUUGGACUGGUAGCAGUCUGCCCAAAAGCCGAACCGCCAUCUUCAUCACAAGUUGACUCGUUCAAAAAGCUCCUUUGGAUCCCGGGUCAGGUCUUCAAUGCCUGGCGAAGAUGGGAUCGUCGUGGGGGAAUUGAAAGUGCCAGUGUAAAUCGGUUCGUUGGAGCUGAUGCCGAUAUCGAAACCAAGAAACUUCAAUAUCGGUUCAAUGAACAAAGCAAGACUGAAGUCUGGAGGCGCAUGGCCAGCGGCUCUUUACCUCACUACGAGAAUGGAACUGCUAAAGGCGGACUUCCUGGCAGCAAUGCUUGGGGUGGUCUUGAGGUGCCGGUAUUCUUGGUCGCAGGUGAAGCAGACAACAUUACGAAACCUGUUGAGAUCGAGAAGAUUGCUGCAUUUCUAGGCAAGUCUCAUCCUGUCCAGAUUGAGGUAGACAAGGAUAGCAAGCCGCUUACAGAUGCGGCUGCACCAGUCGACUCUUCUCUCGAGGCAUCGAGGACGAGUCCGAGGCAGGUCGACUCAAUCAGCGCUGAUGACUUCUUGGAACCAAAUCCGGAUACGGUCGAGGAUGCGCAUGAAGACCCGUCAACACCCAAUGAUGGACUUUCUGUUAUCCCGCCCCAAGCAACAAGACCAAAGAAAGUCCUCAAAACCAGCAUCCUUCCCGCCCCAGCAUCUCAUGCGCUCAUCUACCAGCCAGCUCAAGUUCGGAUACUGGCUGGUCUGAUAUCAGACUUCUUGUGUAGUCAGGUUUCGCCUCGAUUAUCUCUUGGCUGGCAAUUACAAUUCCUUUCAACAUCUGGAAAAUGGGACGUGAAGAAUCUGGAAAAAUGGAAGAAGGUAGCCCCAGUUUCUGAACCUAUCGCAGGCAUCUUCCGUGCCAUGAAGACUUUACGGGAAGUCGACGAGUUGCAUUGUCCGGAAGUAUUUGUGCGAGAAUGGGGUUCUCAGAUCAAGGACAUCAUUGAUAUUUCUCAUGAGAGUCCGGUGUACGAUCCUAGAGGACUCGAAAAAGGUGGUGUGCAUUAUCACAAGUUUCCAACUGUUUCGAAGAUACCACCAACUGGCGACGAAGUCACUGCUUUCAUUGCACUCGUUGAUCGCUUAGUGGAAGAGCAAAAAGUCAGAGCCGAGAAGGAAGGUUGGAGUGAAAAGUGGUACAUUGGCGUUCAUUGUCAUUAUGGAUUCAACCGGACAGGAUAUUUUAUUGUCUGCUACCUGGUUGAGAGGUUGGGAUAUGAUGUUCAGGUCGCCAUCGAUGAGUUUGCUCGUCAAAGGCCAAAGGGUAUCAAGCAUGCUCAUUUCUUGGAUCAGCUGUUCGUAAGAUUUUGUCGGGGACUCAAAAGAGCUCCCACUUUAUGA